CCUCUAUAGCCAUUCUUAUGAGCGUCCUGCAUUCCUGCUCACACACGUACUGGUCCGGGUACUACCUUGCCAAACUAUCACUAAGGCGAAAAGCUACUAGUAACAGGACCCUUCCGAAUGUCAGGAAACCAGGGCUUACAUUCGCGUCCGAGUCGUCCAAUUGGUUCAAGACCUUUACAGAGACGCCUGCAUUCCUCCGAUUUACAGAAAGGAUUUUUGGUCACUUCCAGAUCAUCAUCAAGCAAGAGCCAGCAGCCCGAGGCAUUAGCCAACACCGUCACUGAAGACAUUGACAGCUGGCAGGAAGAUGUUCACGCUCGUCUUUCUUCGACUUUGCAACUCACCGGUUUUGAGAACGGCAACAUCAGUGACCCGUUCAUAGAUCAACAUGAUUCAGAAACAGAAACUUGGAUGGGAGAACCUCCAGUCGAGUCCCCAAUGUAUUACACAGUCGACGAGCAAAGGUCGGCGCGCUCAGUGGCAAGUGGCAUUUCCAGCCCUCCUUUGAAAAAGAAGUCCUUCUCCCCUACUUUUACCCAUGCUUUCAAGGCAUCAAGCUCGUCUUCCAACACUCAGCCGCCUGUCACUGAACGAUCUGACUCAGGGAACGCCCCGACUCGAACACCCUCGAAGGUCCGUUGGGAACAGCUGCGGCAACAUGUCUUGGCAGCACCUCGCCCAGCUUCACCUCCUCCGUCUGCACGGAUAGCUCAAAGCCCUUCCCGACCACAUACUCCCAAGCUCUCUCGUUUUCCGCGGCUUGGCUUCCGACAUGUUGUAGAGCAUGCACGCGAGGCUGCAGUGGACGAGUCUCGUAGAUUUGCAGAUGAACUACUCCAGAUUUGUUGGUCCGUUCGUGUCCCGGAUACGUCGCGACCGAACAAAAAUGAGCGAGACGGCACAUUGGGCACAGUGGGCUCUUCGUUGCACCUCCCAUUCGUGUCGAGUACGACUCUAAAUUCGUUUGCAACUGGGAGUACUAUGGUGCAGACUCAGACAACUCAAAAAGGGCUUAUCAUCAAGAGGCCUCCCUCCACAGUGUCAGGAGGGCAGAACUCCUCGCUUAUCAUGACACUGCAUGAAAUUAUCCUUCGUUAUGCGUCGAAGAACUCGAUUUAUCUUCCUCACGAGACCCUUGUCCUUUCUACUCUGUUGACGCCGUUCUUAUCGAGCGAGAGCAAUCCGAAUGUGGACGACGAUUGCUGGAUUGCAAUUGAAGCUUUCGAGGCUGCUGUCCAGACCUGGCAGGCGACGUCAGAUGAUCUUACUAUCGAGAGAUGUAUUUGGUGUUGCGACGCCGCGUCCAUGCCAUCCGUCCUUCGGCCUCGCGUUCUUAGUGUGCUCACAUCGCUCCUGUUUCCCCGUACUGGCCCUAUUGAGCUCCAGAACGCCCAUACGUUCCUUUCUCUAGUACAGGCACUUGUUACAACAUUACUUCAGAUACCGGAAGACCGUGAAGCGGCUAUCUUAAGAGACAUCAUCUUGCAACUUCGCGGCGGGACGUGUGGGAGCAUAGCGGGCUUUCUCGCUUCAGCGGAGAUCGAUGGCUCCCCGGUGAUGUUGGUCGGUGUGAGCGAGCCGGAAGUCAGGGAAGCUUUGGUGGUUGAAGCUUUGGUCCGGUGCUUUGAAUAUGGACCUUUGACAAUAAAGCGGAAAGUCCUGCAUGAACUUCUCCAGGAGUUUUGGUCGCCUUUACCCGUCUCAGCAUCCUUUUCCCCUAUGAUUUCAGCUAUCCGUUCCCGAGCUGUCGUAACAUUUGCUCAUGCUGCAGCUCUCUUUUGCGCGUCCGUAAAGUCGGAGCAUCUGGAUAUGCAGAGCGUCUUGCAUGUCCUGAAAUCGCGCGUCGUUCCUGAGAUGGCGUGUCUGACUGGGAAACGGGCUUCGGAUGCCCGCGCCAGCGUGUCUCGGCUCCUGAUCGAGUUGCUCUGCCUUGAGAGGGUUACUCACGAGAUGUUUGGCGUCAUUUGCGGUCUUACCGUGCAGCUGCUGGAAACGUCUGAGUGGAAGACGUCUAUGGAAAAGAUGAUGCAACAAUUUAUUUCUGAGGGUGAAUGGCUCACAAUCAUCAGAAUUUUAACCGCGCUCUUUCACUUACCGGAUGAGCUUCGCGGUCAGCUGUUCACGUUUUUCAUACCAUGUUUACAAGAGAGAAUAGUCGCAGAUCCGCCCCCUCUGCAUCAUCCGGAACUCACAGGCAUUCUAGACAAGGCAUCGCGCACAUAUCCUCAAGUAUUCUUCAAACCACUUUUCACCUGUGCAGCAUCUUCCAAGGCGCUCACGAUUGGCCAUCAACUUGGAGUCAUUGCUGCUAUCUCGCUGUUCCUUCCCGACUUCUGGACGAGAGACACGGAGAUGAUAUUGGUAGCCCUGAUGAAUGAACCCGCUGUCGUUUUGCAACCUGGGUCCCAGAGGAAGUGGGCGCAAGCAAGGCUUGGGCAGAUGAUCAUACUAGUUGAGCUCAUUGCGCGUGUCAAGGCGGUACCGCGAAUCAGCAAAGACUUUUCGCACCCUGAUGACUCGGUCAUUGCACCAACCCAAUUUUUCAGUAGGCUUGAAGCGCGUUUAGGUGUGCUAUUAGAAGCGAAAGAACGAACUGCUCUGCUACCACUCUCCAUGCGCUUGCUCUAUUCAAUCCUGUUCACAGAAAUCAGAUUGCUUACACGAUCCAUAAAGCGUCCGACUUGGCUGCAAUCAUCGAUUGAAUGGCUGCUACGGUCGCAUGUUGGAGCUGUGGUGGACGACGAUGGACCUUUGAUUGUAGAUGAAGACGUUUUCAGUGACGUCUCGCAAGUGCUGGACAGAGUCAAAGAUAUUUACACGUCAACACAUGACAGUCUUCGAGUAUCUUAUCAGCACCGAAGUACAAUGUUCUUGUUUUCCAGUGCCAUCGAUGUUUCUGGGGACGGUACUGAACGUAGGACUAUUCUCAUGGACAUGUUGCAUGAGAGAAUGGUGUUACUGUCAUCCCUACCACGAUCCAUCACUCGUCAAGCCCUUCAUUUAUUAGUGGUGAUUUCCGCCUGCCUUACACCAGAAGAUUACUUGCUCGUAGGACCUUUCUUAUGGGCACGAUGUUUUGACUGGGCGGAACCGCGCGCAGUGCUUUCGGCUUCUUUUCUGGUCAUGCAGUGUGCGGAGAAGACCCCAGAGAGUGUACUUGAACUCAUCAGGAACGACUUGCGGAAUGAAGACAGUGCUAUGAAGAUCACUGCAAUUCAACGCUUGAACAUGCUAGUGAAUAUGCGAUUCCAGAUUCUAUCUCAGCCUUUUUUGUCGGAUAAAAAUCGUCGUCGACCUUUCAAAUUAGCUCGUGACCCAUUGCCAUUUGUUCCAACCGACAUCGGUUCAAGCCUAUUUGUCCCAGCGCAGGAGGAUGAUGAUAACGAAGAUAUGCCCAAAGAACUGCGUAGGCGCUUAGCUGAGGUGGGAUGGUUGGAUGAAAAACGACCAACGGACCAGAAACGCGAAUGGGUGAGGACGCCAUUAUCACUCUUGCCCAGCAAUCUUCAAGAUCGAAAUGCUGGCGCCACGGAGCGCCUUCAGUCUUCACCUCUAUUAUCCCCUAUAUCCUCGCCAACAAGACCUCGUUCCAAUAGUGAUGUAUCUGACAGCCACCUCAGUAGACGAUCGUCAGAUCCUACAAGCCGUGGCGUCAAGCGUCGCGCAGUCUUUGUUCCUGCACUCGGGACUCUAUUCCCUCAAUUGGUCUCUCUGACUCUCGAUUCUUGCAUUGACGUCUCAUGUGCGGCUCGCGACAGUGUCAUGGAUUUACUACGGCACGAGCCUGCUCUUUUCAUUCGACCCAUCCUCGAUUUGAUUGCCAGCAAUAAUGAAGAAGCCGCCACGACAGCUGUCCGAGGGCUAUUGCAUCUAAAUCACCUCCUUCCUCCCGCCAUGGCUCAUUAUACAUUCAACCAUCUCGCUGGAUACCUUAAAUUCGUUGCUCGCGAAGUCACUUCGACAGGUGCACUUCGCAGCUUCGCUCUUGCUGCUGCUCUGUUGUCGAACCUAGUCACCCAGGUCAGCGAGAUGUCCAUAAGGGAGAUUAGGCGAGCAAAGAUGGAUUUGUUCCUCAUGCCGUCCGGGUCCUUAUGGUUCACGACGUCGUUUCCAUCUGGUCCAAUGUUUCCGAAGGCUUUGUCUCUCAGUGAAAAUACAUCCGAGAUUCCGCCAUCGUUGAUAUCAAUCACAAUGAUCCGCGUGGCCCAGAAUCGGCUGUUUCUAUCCAUGUUGAAGCGAAAUCCUCAGGACGUCCAAGUCAUUCGGAAGACUAUGGAGCACAUCGUUCUACCGUCGACGGACGCUUUGUCAUCAGCAAGAUUUCUGGAGUUGCCAGAUUUCGUACCGCGGCAGUUGUUUGCAAAACGUGAUGGCCCGGAGUCAAUCUUGACCCCCCUUUCCUUGAUGCUUUCGCGGAGUCAUCUUCUUCUCAUAGCCCAAAUUUUCAGAUCCAUGUCGAGCCAUCUUAGCGAUCGCAGCGAGCUGACCAUCUUCAUAGAUGGUUUGAAUCGAAUCUUGCUCAGACAUGGAGAUGAUAUUGGGAUUGUAAGCCAGUCGCUCAUCGCGUUGAUGGUGGCAAGUGCCCGCUUCAGGCGUCUAUUUACAUCCGGUGGAGGAUACUCCCUCUUCAUGUUAUCUGUCAUGAAAGUGUAUACGGAGCAAGAACACCAUCAGGGAAUUCGGCAGGCUAUCGAGUAUGCCGUCAGUCGCUUCUACGCUUUUCACCAGGAGGCUUUCGUCUUCCAAACACUGGACGUGGUUGUACAUGCCCUGUUGGAACCAAACUGCGACUGCUCUUGGCUGGCGAAAAGCGUCUUUCGGAUGCUGUCUUCACUGAAUCGUAACAAUCCGAUGGCAGGCCCAGAUGCUUCUGGCAUUCGGAACGUGAAUAGACUACAAGAGAAGGAAUCAUUGAUGAUCACCACCGCUGACGAAACAUUUAUUGCUGCCAUCCGAAGGGUUGGUAGCCAGGAUUCGCAACAGCUGAUGAUCAGCCUUCCUGAGGAGUAUGAGACGAAAUCACUUAAUAUGGACAAUCUCGUACGGUUGUUGUUAACUGUCAUUGGUCACGAUCCCUCCAUCGUCAGAGCCCAAAAUUUCCUGUCGCUACUGAAGUUGUCGACGCCCGCACUGUACAAUGCUUCCAUAUCGGCCAGAACCGUGCUUCGCGAAGGUAUUGAUGCGGUUGGGACGAUCAUCCUACGUGCAGCCGCGAAGUCUAAGCUUCCUGAAUCAUUGACGAUGCAGUCAGUGGGUGGUCUGACUACGGAGGUAUCGCAGGAGGAGGCUGCUCUAGUGGACAAGCUCCACAAGAAAGCGAAGGCCCCGAGCGAUCUCACCACUAUGCGGACAGAAUAUCUCGGACUAGCACUUGCUUUCGUUAAAGCUGGCGGCCAACUGCCCAACACUGCAACGGAGAAGAUUUUCGAUAUCGCGAGAAUUCUUCUGCGAGAAGCAUCGCACACAGAAGAUCAAGUCGCUAAUUUCUUAUGCCAGUAUUCCAAGGCCACUCUUGUCGAGCGUACACCUAGUCCCAAGGAAGCAAUUUCACUCCUCGGGGACCUAGCGCCUAUCAUGAGCGCCUAUGCGUCGGUCAUCAAUUUUGCUGGUAUUUACGAGGCCAUCUCUCAUCUGGCCUCUGACAACCAACUCGCCAACAAUGUAUCAUUCUCCAAUCUGGUAGUGACGCAAAUCUGCAGGAGCGGGUUGGAGUCCCAAACAGCUCGGAGCUCUGAACACAAGGAAUCUUCCAUGGUCUCGCUUCUUGCCACAGCCAUAUCCUUUCAAAAGGCUGAUGUGAUUGCUGAGAUCGAGAAACAGCUUCCGUCACACAAAUUCUUGUCCGUGGUCGUUUUCAAGCUCGUUCUUUCGCUUGAAACGUCUGCUUCAGCGCCGUCGGUGGGCGACCACGACACAUGGCUGCGUGGCGCCCGCACCAGUGCAUGGUUGCGGCUUCUUUCCUACGCGAUGGCGGCUUGUGAAAAACCAAGCCGGUCUCAACAAUCAAUCUCCUCGCUAGAGCGAAGGAAAUCAGACGAUAAGCAUCGUUCUGGAUCAUCGAACAAAGAACAGGUCUUGACGUUGUUAGCUGCAAUCCAAAUUAUCAAGAUGAUUAUCGUGAGAGCUGGAGAUGACCUCUCCGCGUCCCUGCCCUCAAUAUGGACCCGUCUGGCUGCCCUUUUUAGAUCCUUGGUUUCUGACGGAGAUGCGCGGUUUGCCCUUGAGCCCUCUGAGCAAUCUGCCCCACCUUCCCCCAUCCACUCUCCUCAUUCGAGCUUUAGUAUGGCCUCCAUUGAUCCUUUCAGUGCUCCGGAGUCUUUCCUCACACCGUCGGUAUCAUUCAACUCCCGCCGCCCGUCUCCUCUAGGUAAACCACGAGUCAUUGAUUACGCACUCUGGUCUCUCCUGGAGCUCCUUUUUCGCUACCGCACACCUCUCAUACUCCAAUUGAAGUUACUCGCACAAGAAAAAGCCGCGCUUCUCGACGAGCAGCUCCGGUACGUGCAGAGUGGUUCACUUCACUCUUCCGGAUACAGGCCUCCGUCUGUCUUCUCCAAGCCGAGAAAGAGAUUAUCGAGCAUCCAAUCUGCUGUCUCGCCCUUAUUCAACAGUUCGCCAUCAACUUUUUUUAAUACAGGCCAGAUGUCGCUACGCCCUCCUAUGCUAGAAUCCACGCCACGCAAGGCAGGGUUUGAGCGCAGCCCGACUGCUUCGCCAAUCGGCGCGCAGCCGCGCAUCAUUCAUCUUGGUCCUAUAACACCAGACUUGCGUCGCUCGGCAUCAUCCAACGAGGAUGUGCGUAUGCUGACGAUGUCAACGGUGGUCAAAACUAGGUCUCUUGUGCGUGCCACAUAUCACCGAGUAAGGCUUGUGCAGGCAUGUAUGGGGUAUGAUUUGCUGCUACCACUGCCUGCAGCAUUUGACGGCACUGGAACGAUGGAUGAUACGAUUGGACUUGGAGGGCAUUUAGUAGAGGAAGGAGAAAAAAAGUGGACGAUGAAGCAGGCGGUUGAUGCCCUUGUGAAUGAGAUGGACGAUCUGGAGCUCGAGUUUUGUGAACGGGAAGCAUGGAGGGAGGUAUUGGACGAGAGCAUGGUAGUCUUGGAAUCUGAUGUGAACGAUAGUAGCAUAUCGAUGGCAAAUUGA